AUGGAAGCUGAACGCCGUUGGGACAAACGUCGGUUUCAGCUUGAGGAGUCGACAAGUCUAAAUAAUGGCGCCCGCACGAUCUUUAUUGAGUCGAUGACACCAGGCACGACAGUGCCUCCCCACUUUCACAGUCGCUUCUCAGAGACAUUUGACCUCAUCAAUGGAUCUAUAACUAUCUACAACAGCGCUGAACCAGACCUCAACCUUCUGGAGACAUCCGCCCAAGACCUUCAAGUUGGCGAGAAGGUUACCAUCGAACCCGGGCGAUUCCAUAAAUACAAUGUUGGUGGGAAGGAACAGGCAGUGCUCCGAGUCAUUAUAACGCCAGGCGAUGCCGACUUUGAGAGGCUUCUGAAAAUUUUGAAUGGCCUGGACGCAGAUGGAGAGCUGGCAAAUUUGGGUGAUAGUGUCACACUCAUGGCGGUUAUUAUGGGGCUUAGUGAUGCGCAUCUCAUUGGUCCAACGGGAAAUAUGCUAGAUGGCGUCUUAGCAGAGAAGAAGGAUGAAAUUGAGGAAUUGAGAGCGAAGCUGCUCGCCAAGUAUGAUACUGAGGAAGCGUUACAGAGCUUACUGGUCAACACACAGUAG